AUGGGUUCUGUCUCAAGCGAUACCCCGCCGACUCUGUUCGACGCCAAUGUCGUCCCCCAAGCUCCGGAGGACCCUCUGUUUGGGUUGAUGGCCGCCUACCGAAAGGAUACCUUUGAGAAGAAGGUGGACCUGGGAAUUGGUGCAUACAGGGACAACAACGCCAAACCCUGGGUGCUUCCUGUCGUCAAGAAGGCCGAUGAGAUUCUACGAAAUGAUCCCAACCUCAACCAUGAAUACCUCCCUAUCGCAGGGCUGCCAGAGUUCACUUCAGCGGCUCAGAAACUCAUUCUCGGUGGAGACAGCCCCGCGAUUCGAGAAGGACGGGCCUGCAGCCUCCAAACCAUCUCCGGGACCGGUGCCGUCCAUCUCGGUGGUCUCUUCCUUUCCAAAUUCCUCCCCAAACCGACCCCCGCCAUCUACCUGUCCAACCCAACAUGGGCCAACCACAACCAGAUUUUCACCAAUGUCCAACUCCCUAUCAAGUCCUACCCCUACUUCUCUGCGAAGACGAAGAUGCUGGACUGCGACGGUCUGCUCUCGGCCCUAAAAUCGGCACCUGAAAGAAGCAUUAUUCUCCUGCACGCCUGCGCACACAACCCCACCGGUGUCGACCCGACACCCGACCAGUGGAAGCAGAUUGCCGAAGUCAUGCGGGAACGCAAGCUAUUCCCCUUCUUCGACUGCGCAUAUCAGGGUUUCGCCUCCGGGGAUCUGGCACAGGACAACUUUUCGAUCCGCUAUUUCGUGGAACAGGGCUUUGAGUUGAUCAUUGCCCAGUCCUUCGCGAAGAAUUUCGGUCUGUACGGGGAGAGAGCGGGCGCCUUCCAUUUCGUGGCGGCCCCGGGCCCUCACGCACAGGAUGUGACGAAACGUGUCUCGUCCCAACUCGCCAUCCUGCAACGUUCGGAGAUCUCUAAUCCGCCCGCGUACGGUGCCCGCAUCGCCUCCAUCGUCCUGAACGAUCCCCAACUGUUCAAGGAGUGGGAACACGAUCUGCGCACCAUGGCCGGGCGGAUCAUUGAGAUGCGCAAGGCACUGAAGGCCGAGCUGGACCGGCUGGGCACGCCCGGAAACUGGGACCACAUCACGAGUCAGAUCGGCAUGUUCAGUUUCACAGGCAUCAGCGAGAAGCAGGUGUUGGCAAUCCGGGAAAAGUGGCACGUGUACAUGACCAAGAAUGGCCGGAUCAGCAUGGCCGGGCUGAACACGGGCAACGUGCACUACUUUGCCGAGGCCCUCGACGAUGUGGUGAGGCACGUACAAUAA